UUGCCACCUCAGGACCGAGGUGCCGGUGCUUGGAAAGUGCUGCUCGGUUGUUGGCUGCUCGAAGUAUCUUGGGGUUUUCCUAUCAGCUUCGGCGUCUUCCAGUCCUACUACUCGACGCACCCUCAAUUCUCAACGUCGACUUCAAUACCCACGAUCGGCGCUCUCGCUCUCGGGUUCCCCUACUUGUUGCUUCCCCUCACAAGCUCUAUCUGCUUAAGAUAUCCUCAUUUCCAGCUCCAUUUUAUGUUCUUUGGGUGGUUCAUGUUAACUUCCAGCCUGCUCUUAGCUUCAUUUGCCACACAAGUCUGGCAUUUGAUAUGGACGCAGGGCGCAAUGUAUGGCAUGGGCUGGUGCGUCUGUUAUACGCCAUUCCUCAUUAUUCUAAAUGAAUGGUUCGAUAAGAAGAGAGGGCUUGCGUACGGAUUGCUAUUCGCCGCCUCUGGAACGAGUGGACUGAUAUUACCCUUCAUGCUUGAGGCAUUACUCUCUCGUUAUGGCUUUCGUGUCGCGCUUCGGUCAUACGUCGUCGUAUAUGCUAUCAUCAGCGCGCCAUCCUUCUGGCUCAUUCGACCUCGGUUACCCGCUCAUCGCCGGAAGCAAGACGCAGGCAGAAAGUCGGAGACUACCCGGCUCUGGUGCACUGUCCUCAUAUCCCCAGCAACCUUAGUUAUAUCCGCCUCCGUCUUCCUUCAAGGCCUCGUCUUUCCCUUUCCAGCAACCUUCCUCCCCUCUUUUGCUACAGCGCUCGGUUUGCCUCCUUCGGCAGGCGACUCGCUUCUAGCCGUAUCCUCACUCUGCCAGGUCCUCGGCCUUGUUAUUUUGGGCUGGUUCUCUGACCACGUUUCCUAUCACAUACCUCACUCCAUCUCGUCGUUCGUAUCUGGCAUCGCCGCUCUAUUUCUCUGGGGACCCGGGAAAGGGUUUGCUCCAUUAGCAAUCUUCGCCGCGGUAUGGGGCUUCUUCGCCACGCCGUACAGCAUGUUGUGGACGAGGAUGAGUGCUGGAUUAGCGGAAGAGGGAGGACAAGAAAACUUGGUGCAGAGGACAAUGGUGCUGUAUUCUUGGUUUAGCUUCGAACGGGGCGUUGCAGACAUCCUGGCAGGCCCGCUUAGUGAAGUGCUGAUUGAAGGAGAGGUCGCGAGGGGGAAAUUUGGGCUGGGGAAGUGGAGGGAUAUUGUGGGCUUUUCCGGCAUCAUGCUGCUGGUGAGCGCAGCUGGGGGGCUGAUGUGGUUUUGGGAAAAGUGGAAGAGACGGCCAUGA